AUGCAUACUUCGACUUUUACUAUCCCGUUGCUUCUCUGCGCCUUGUUGGUUUGUGCCAUGUAUCUCGCUCAAAGCACGCCCAACGGCAGCAGUGCUGCUGCUGCUGGUAGUAGUAGUGGCAUAAUGAACAACAACAACAACAACAACAACAACAACAACAACAACGGUCCCAAGCAAUACUUGAAGCGAAGACUUCCGAGGAACCUCUUGAAUGAAAAUGUGACCACAGAUGUUCUUGUUGUCGCUGAAACUGACGACGAUGCUGACGAUGACGAUGACAUGUGGGACGAUGAUGCCGAUGACGAUGAUGAUAUGUGGGACGACGAUGCUGACGAUGACGACGACAUGUGGGACGAUGAUGCCGACGACGAUGAUGAUGAUAUGUGGGACGACGAUGCUGACGAUGACGAUGAUGAUAUGUGGGAUGAUGAUGCUGAUGAUGACGAUGACGAUGCCGUCCUAGAUGCUGAUGGUAGUAACUCCACCGACAUCAGCAAUGUGAAUAAUACUGCUGUUCCUGCUGAAAACAUCACCGAUACCAACAUCACCGGCACCGACGCGACCAUCACCGCGGUACCAAGCAACGCUACCCUCGUUGAUAGCAAUGCUACUACCGAAACCACCGAUGUGACUGCUACUACAGCGGUAUCACCGAGUAACGCUACAAUUCUAGACACAAACGCUAUCGAAAUCACCGACGCCAACAUCACGACGGCAACAAGCAACGCUACCCUCCUAGAGAGCAAUGCUACCGAAAUCACCAAUGCGACUACCACUACAGCGGUACCAAGCAACGCUACAAUUCUGGAUGGAAGCCUUACCGAAAUCAGCAAUGUGACCACCACUACUCCUCCUGUUCCUAUCGUUGCUGAAAACACCACCGACGUUCUUGAUGUCCUCAUUACUGAAAGUACCACCGACUCCAACAUCACCGAGGCACCAGUAACGAUUCCAUCGAACGCGACAGAGGAUGACGACGAUGAUGCCAUGUGGGACGACGAUGCCGAUGACGACGAUGAUGACAUGUGGGACGACGACGCCGAUGACGACGAUGAUGCCAUGUGGGACGACGAUGCCGAUGACGAUGAUGAUGCCAUGUGGGACGACGAUGCUGACGAUGACGAUGACAUGUGGGACGACGAUGCGGAUGAUGAUGAUGACAAUGCUUAA